AUGAGCGGACUUCGCCGUAUCGCCACCGCCGCCUCCGACGGAGCCGCGUUUGUGGCAAGGACCGUGGUGGCCCCCCCUGGCGACGCCUUGCUCCCCGUGCCCGCCGGGCUCGCCGCGCGGUCCGCGUUGUUCCUCGCCACGCCGCAGAACCUCGCGGCCACCAUCGAAAACGCCAUCUUGCUCCACCAGCACAUGGGGCUCCAGGUGGUCGUGGCCGGCGUGGACAGAACCGUGCCGCACGCGGCCGCCAGCGGCGUGUCGCAGCUCUGGAUGGACGCGCCCAUGAAGAUCGGCCGGUCCACGCUUCUCGCGGACUCCGACCCGCCGCCGGCCGUGCGCGAGAGCGACGGCAUCCAUCCCGUGGGCGCCAAGGUGCCCUGGAGGAGCGCCGCCGGCAGCCUCUGCUUGGACGUGGCCGGCCACCGCAUCGACCUCGAGUUGGCCAACACCGCGUUCGCCACCAGCACGCUCACCACGCUCUUCUACUUCCAGAAGAGGGACGCGGCGGCCACAAGCGCCGGCGACCACAUGGGCCAGACGCUCUCGGCGUUGCACGUGACGCUUCCCCGCUUGGCGCCGGCGCUCCGGGCGCCCGUGGCGCACGACCGCUGGACGCCGUUGACGGACAGCGAGCACCUCGUGGUCUCGGGCUGCACGGGCAAUUUGGUCAAGGCCAUCAACGGGCAGCCCGCCGCGCGGUUUCUCGAGCAGAACGCGCGGCUCAUGCGCGAGGCCAGCAAGGACACCAAGGUGUACGUCAAGGUGUACGGCGCGGGCGCAGGCGCGGCGGCCCCGCCCGCUAGGCACGAGGUCAUUGCGGGCGGCGGCGGCUGGGGCGCCAAGGCCGGCUUGCUCGCGCUCUCGCCCGGGGCGCACGUGCGUACCGGCGACCGCGUGGAGUUCUUCAUGGUCACGCCGGCAGACCGGUUCCGGCGGCUGGCGGCGGCCGUGGCGCCGCGCCAGUUCUUGUUCGAGUGUGCCCCCGAGGCCACGCAGUACGCGGACCUGGCGGGCGCCAGCCGCACGGUGGAGCAUCUCUUCGGCGCCAGCAGCGAGGCGGGCUUUGUGGCCGACGGCCUCAGCCACACCAGUGCCGGCGAGACGCUCAGCUUUGCGUUCGGGCCCUAG